GCUUGAUUUUCAUCGAGAAUUAGAGAUAAGGGGCCGAAAACGAAAAUAAAAAGCUAGGGUUAGGGAUUUUACCUUUUCACAGCGAAAGGGAACGAGAAAGAGAAAAAGAGGAUCAAUCUCUGAUAUCAUUUGAAUCAUGUCGUCGACGAGGAAGAUCACCCUCAAGAGCUCGGACGGAGAGGCGUUCGAGGUGGACGAGGCGGUGGCGCUGGAAUCGCAGACGAUCAAGCACAUGAUCGAGGACGAUUGCGCCGACAGCGGCAUCCCUCUCCCCAACGUCACCAGCAAGAUCCUUGCGAAGGUCAUCGAGUACUGCAAGAAGCACGUCGAGGCUGCGAACGCCGAAGAGAGGCCCAACGAGGAAGACCUCAAGACCUGGGACGCAGAUUUCGUCAAGGUUGACCAGGCCACCCUCUUCGAUCUCAUCCUGGCUGCGAACUACUUGAACAUCAAGAGCCUUCUGGACCUCACAUGCCAAACUGUGGCAGACAUGAUCAAGGGGAAGACUCCCGAGGAAAUUCGUAAGACCUUCAACAUCAAGAAUGAUUUCACUCCGGAGGAAGAGGAGGAAGUUCGUCGGGAAAACCAAUGGGCAUUUGAAUGAUUUGUUAAGCUUUUUAACAUUGUCUUUCAAAUCUCUGCCUGUGCUUUUGUUUUGCUUGUCAAAGAUCUGCCAUGUGCAUUGAUCCUAUGCUUAUGGUUGUUUGCCUUCUAUCUAUCUGACUAUUUUUGUUGACUGUUCACGGAUCAGACGUAUCUUUGUUGAUGAACCUUAGGGGACUUUUUGAAUAUGUAAGUAAAUAGUUGAAUCUGGUUAAGGUAAUUGGUGAAUUCUGGUUGAUUCUGCUUAUUGAUAAUUUAAUCAUUGGCAA